GCUGAAAUAUUGCAGCUGUGUCAUCAGGAAGUGACUAACAGCCCACAAUUAUCCUCGACUAUAACAAAAACAAAAGGAGUGGACCCACCCUUUCCUCAGCUAGCUAGCUGCUAAGCUAGCGCGGAGAAAGGCAGCGCCGGUCAGUAAGAAGCUACUCCCACAGACCGCGACCACUUCCCUGAGGACAGCAGGAACUUCACUCGGUGACAGAAAACACUGUGAGUAAUGGCUUCCUGCGCGUCUUGCACCAUACUCACGGAGAGGUUGGCUCUGCUAGAGGGCCGUGUCCGCCAGUUAGAGCAGAGUAAUGUCGUAACUUUAGAUGUUGCGGACACAUCUGCUAGCGUUAGCUGUAGCGAGCUAACUAGCCCAGCUUGUAGCAGUCCUAAGCGGCCUACAAGCUACGGUGUACCGGUUGAGACGCAUAAUAGAUUUAGCUCUUUAGCUAGUCCUACACCCCAGUCUACCGGGCACCACACCUUAGUUAUAGGGGACUCCAUCACCCGAAACAUAAAGCUUAGCAAACCAGCCACAAUAAAGUGUAUCCCCGGGGCCAGAGCACCUGACAUUGAAGCUAAUCUUAGGGAGCUAACUCGCAACAGGCCUAGUAAACACGUACGACAGGCUAAUCGCACCACUAAUUAUGCAAAUAUAGUUGUACACGUUGGCUCCAAUGACACUAGAAUGAGACAGUCAGAGAUUACAAAGAGAAACAUAGCCAGGACUUGUGAUCUCGCCAGAAAGAUGUCCAGGCAUCGAGUAAUUGUCUCUGGCCCCCUGCCUGCGAGAGGCAAUGAUGAGAGAUAUAGCAGAUUAGUCUCGCUUAACAAGUGGUUGUCUAGCUACUGUAGGCAGCAGGGACUAACGUUUAUUGAUAACUGGCCCUCUUUCUGGGGCAAACCAGGCUUGCUGAUGAGAGACGGCCUUCACCCUAACCAGGAAGGCGCCAUCAUCCUGUCUAGAAACAUAGACUACUAUUUAAGUCUCACUUGACUGACUACACUAGAGCAAGCCCGGUCACAGGCAAUUACAAUGUCUGUUAGUCCGGGUGAGGAGUCAGUUAAGCUAGAACUAGCCAGCGCCAGGCUGGAUAAUCCAUGUACGCAUAGCAAUUCUCUUAGAAUAAUACACAAUUCACAUAAUGUUUUUUCUGUUGUGUCUGUGUCAGAGGUGGACAUGCAUUCUACUGAGGUGGCAAAUUAUGAUAUGUCCAGUCUAUUGCAGCACCAAGCAAACAAUCGGAAAAUUCCCGUCAUAUCAAUUCCUAGAUAUGGUCGAAACUAUUUAAACUGCACUACGCAUAAUAAACGCAACAUUGUUAAUAUUGCCACUACGGAUAAUCUUAACAAAAACUCGUCAAAACAGCCCAAUACCUAUAAUAUGGGCUUUUUAAACAUAAGAUCAUUGUCUCCCAAGGCGUUAUUGGUUAAUGAGGUCAUUAGAGACAACAAUCUUAACGUCAUUGGUCUUAGCGAAACCUGGCUCAAACCGGACGAAUUUUUUGCGCUCAAUGAGGCAUCUCCUCCUAACUAUACGAAUGCGCAUGUUGCCCGCCCUCUUAAAAGGGGAGGGGGUGUCGCACUAAUAUACAAUGAAAAUUUCAACCUUACCCCUAACCUAAAUAAUAAAUAUAAAUCGUUUGAGGUGCUUACUAUGAGGUCUGUCACACCGCUACCUCUCGACCUGGCUGUUAUCUACCGCCCCCCUGGGCCCUAUUCGGACUUUAUCAGUGAAUUCUCAGAGUUCAUUGCUGAUCUAGUGACGCACGCCGACAAUAUAAUCAUAAUGGGGGACUUUAAUAUCCAUAUGAAUACCCCAUCGGACCCUCAGUGCGUGGCGCUCCAAACCAUAAUUGAUAGCUGUGGUCUUACACAAAUAAUACAUGAACCCACGCAUCGCAACGGUAAUACAAUAGAUCUAGUGCUUGUCAGGGGUGUCACCACCUCCAAAGUUAUGAUACUUCCAUAUACUAAAGUAAUGUCCGAUCAUUACCUUAUAAAAUUUGAAGUUUUGACUCUUUGUCAACAAGCUAAUAAUAAUAAUAACUGCUAUAGCGGCCGCAACAUUAAUGCUGCCACAACGAUGACUCUUGCUGACCUACUGCCUUCGGUAAUAGCACCAUUCCCAAAUUAUGUCGGCUCCAUUGAUAAACUCACUAACAACUUUGACGAUGCCUUGCGCGAAAUUAUUGAUAGUAUAGCACCGCUAAAGAAAAAAAGGGCCCCUAAAAGGCGCACCCCAUGGUUUACAGAAGAAAUUAGAGCUCAUAAAUUAUCAUGUAGAAAACUGGAACGCAAAUGGCGCGCGACUAAACUUGAGGUUUUCCAUCAAGCAUGGAGUGAUAGUUUAAUAACUUAUAAACGCAUGCUUACCUUAGCUAAAGCUAAAUACUACUCAAAUCUCAUCCGCCUCAACAAAAACGAUCCUAAAUUUCUGUUUAGUACAGUAGCAUCGCUAACCCAACAAGGGACUCCUCCCAGUAGCUCCACCCACUCGGCAGAUGAUUUUAUGAAUUUCUUUAAUAAGAAAAUUGAACUCAUUAGAAAGGAGAUUAAAGACAACGCAUCCCAUCUACAACUGGGCUCUAUUAACACAAAUACGACUGUAUAUACGACGGACACUGCCCUCCAAAAUAGUCUCUCUAUUUUUGAUGAAAUAACAUUAGAGGAAUUAUUACAGCGUGUAAGUGGGAUAAAACAAACAACAUGUUUACUUGACCCACUUCCUGGGAAACUUAUCAAGGAACUGUUUGUAUUAUUAGGUCCAUCAGUGUUAAAUAUUAUAAACUUAUCACUUUCCUCCGGCACUGUUCCCCUAGCAUUCAAAAAAGCGGUUAUUCAUCCUCUGCUCAAAAGACCUAACCUCGAUCCUGACCUCAUGGUAAACUACCGACCGGUCUCCCACCUUCCGUUUAUUUCCAAAAUUCUCGAAAAAAC